AUGGUUGCUGCAAAGGCUAUGCCUUAUAAGGCAGAAUGUCCUGUAUUAGAGAUCACCAAGCAAGAUUUUUUUCAAGAAGCGAAAACUCUCAUUGCCCAACAUUAUGAGAAAAUAAAUGAGAAUAAAGUCCAAGGUACUUCUAUAAAUGUUUUUAAAAAUAAACAUCAAAAACCAAAAUCUGGCAAAUUCAUACCUUUGGAGAUUAAAGAAAAGGAAACACUUGAUGUGGUCCAAGAAUUUCAGACAGCACACAAACGUAUUUGUUUUCCCAAACAUCUGUUCAAAAGUGAACAUUUUAAGGAGCCCUCUCAACAAACUUCUUUCAAGGAGCCAUUCAUUUUUAGUGUAAAAGAAAAAUUCAAGGACUCUAUGGAUCUGAUUGUGAAAGAACAAGUCAAACUGGGUAAAAUAGUGACUAAUAUUGAAUCAGUGGGUAAAAAAAUGGAGAAAGAAAAGCAUCAGCACCAUGGGAAGUCCAGAUCAUUGGUCUCACCAUUUGCCACCCCCAUCAUCAACCUUGGCUUGCCCUUACAACCCAUGACCUCCUCUUCCAUGGGGCUUCUGAAAGAAUAUGCAUCUCAGACCUAUAGGAUGAUUUUUCUUCUUGAACUGUAUCCUUUAGACAUACCUUUAGUACAGAAAACUUUAAUGAAGAAAGAGCAACAGCCUAUCAAACCAAAGCCAGGACCAAAGCCAGGACUCAGGCUAAAGUCUAUUCUAAGUAAAAGUGGUAAACUUGACAAUAAAGUUAAAAGAAUUGGACCACACAUAGAAAUCUUCCAAGUGUUCCGGGAAAGGACCAAAUUUGUAAAUACCAAAAAAGUAGUUAGAAUGAUCAUCAUCAUACAGGCCUAUGUCAGAGGAUGGCUUGAACGCAAAAGAUUGCAGAGAAUAAUGAUCAAGGCUUUGUCUCAUGGACCAAAUUUGAGAGCAGUUAUAAACAUGUAUCGUAGACAGAUCUAUCAUGUUAAAUAUCGACUUGGUCUUUGGAGGACAAGACAAAUUAUAAACUUUGUAGAACUAGAGGAAUGGAUGGACAGAAAAAAGUUCUAUGAAACAAUGUUUGCUAAGAGAGAAGAUUGGCAAGGAUUAGAAAGAAGUGAGCUCCUCAAGUUCUUCAACGACUGUGGUCAUUUCCCAACCCAGCAGCAAAUUGACGAGGUUUGGGACCUGGUCCAUAGAGAAGACCAUGAGAAAUAUUCUGAACUCAUCAAGAAGUUCAGUGCAAUUGAAAUGCUAUUUACACUCUAUCCUCCUCAAGGUGCCCACGUGCGUAAUAAUAUAUGGCUUAGGUCAACUUGGCUGAGACCAAUAGUAAAUGGUGAAGAAGGUUAUAGAUAUAUAGUGAAUGGACAUCCAAUACUUAAGAGAGCUAACAUCCGGAUUGUUGGAAAGUUAGUAUCCAGAUCUAUAAGAGAAAGAAAAAUGAGACAUUUAUCGCGAGAAGUAGAAUAA